AUGACUACAAGCAGCAGAAAAGGUCCUAUAAUUGACCCGGGCCUAUGCCGUUGUUGCGGUGCGGUAAAGAAAUGUCGGUUAUUAAACGUGGAAUACGAGUGGUUAGGGCAAAAAGAAGUGUAUUCGGACAUGUUUGUCGAUACCUUCGGUUUACUGCUUUCCCACUUAGACGGCGAGGCUGUAGAACGCGUCAUUUGUGCCACCUGCGUGACGCGACUUCGAGACGCCAGUGCCUUUCGCCGGCAAGUGCUUCGCUGCGAGGAGAAGCUCCUGCAGGCCAGGAUACUUAUUGGCACAGAUCUUGAACCUACAACUGAAAUCAAACAGGAGUCGGAUGACACAGAGUUAAAGGAAGAGACCACCCCUCUGUCCAAACUUGGGCAUCUUGAUGAUGACAUUGACAUGGAUACCGCAGACACUGCCUGUCAGGAUGAUAUAGACCCAGAAAACUUAGUACUAAUAAAAGGCGAGCCACCCAAAACCAAAGCUGCCACAAAGAAAUUAAAGGUGAAAAAGGAAAAGAAAUCGACUAAAGUAAAGAAGAAAGGCAGAAAGAGAGAGAGUAAAGAAGACAAAAGAGAGAGCAAAGAUGAUAAGAGAGCUAAACAGGAGAUGAUGGAGAGGAUGAGGCGUAUGGAAGAAAAGUUAGACCAGUUGCAGCAGCUCGAUGAACAGGAACAACUACCACCGAAACCACCAAAAUCACGUGUCGACAACGAACAUAAAUCAUUUCACAACACUGCAACCAUAGUGGAAAACUCACUCGUCUGUCCAUUCGAUACCUCAUUCAGCGACUACUACUGCUUAUAUUGCCGGCAAGUGCACACAGACCCUAACAAAUUAAGAGAGCACACACUUACGCAUGACCCUGUAAAUUUUAAAGAUUCCUUGAUAAAUAAAAAACUGCCCCAAAUCGAUAUUUCUAGAAUAGACUGCAGAUUGUGCGCAGAACACAUUGAAGACAUAAAUGUACUAAAAGAACACCUAGUUAAUGUUCACGGCAAAUUAAUAUACGACGUGAAGAAUGAAUUUUUGAAAUUCAAAUUGACCAGCAACAAUCUGACGUGCAUAGAGUGUGGCAGCGUUUUUAGUUUCUUUCAUGCUUUAAAAAAGCAUAUGGCCGAACAUUUUGGCACUUGCAUAUGCGACGUUUGCGGGGCACAUUACUUCGAAGAGCGUAUGUUGAUAUUACACCAAAAAACGCAUCAGAAAAUUGAAGAAAUAUACCCUUGCAAAGAUUGCGGAAAAUCGUUUAAAUCAAAACACAGCAGGAAUCUUCACGAGACGAGAACGCAUAAGAAGGAACCAGCGUACCAGUGCCCUAAAUGCGAUGCUAUACUCUUCACUUAUACCUUAAGAUACCGGCACAUGAUCGAAGUGCAUGGGGAGGAAAGAUUAUUCCAGUGUGACCACUGCGACAGGGCUUACGACAGCAGAAAAUCUUUACGGGAACACAAUAGACGGUUUCAUUUGAAAAUUUUCAAACACCAGUGUGACCUUUGCGAGAAAAGAUUCUACCUGCCUUCGAGAUUAAGGGAACAUAUGGCAAUACAUACGGGGGAGAGGAAUUUCCGUUGUGAGAAUUGUGGGAAAACAUACCCGCGCUUAAGGGGUUUGAAAGUACAUAUGCAGUCGCAUAGCAGCGAGAAAAAGUAUAGGUGUAUGCUGUGCAACGCCUCGUUUACACAGAAUGUUAAUUUGAAGAAUCAUGUGAAAAGACAGCAUCAGAAUAUGGAUAUUGAGGAGAGUGGCUUUCAUGAAUAAAUAAGGAGUUUGUAGCAUCAGAAUGGACAUUAUGUAGCAUCAGGUGCGAUGCGGGUGAUCAUACUCGUGUUGCAAAAUGUGAACAGAGGUGUGAAUAAUCGUGUAGUGGUUUAUUCAAAAUGCAAAGUACUUCUUCUUCUUUUAAAUGUUAUGGCUCCAUCGAAAUAAACGAUGAUUUCGCCAAUACUAAGUAAAAAUGACAAUGUGCGGUAGUUUUGUAAAAUAUGAAUUAUACUUUAUAGUGUUACAACCCCAUCGAUACCAUCGGUAAAUCCGCCAAUGCCAAGUUGAGGAACUCACGCGUUUUUAACUCAAAGAUUGACCGAUAAAUUCCGAAAAGUGACAAUUUUUUUUUGGCAUGUUUAAAUUUGUAACAGCGGCAGGCAAAAAAAACUAAACG